GAACUCGCCCCGUCCAGCGAAUCUCGAGGCGAGCUGAGCGUUUGAUUGACAGGUCGCUGUUUUAACUGUUGACGUCCUGGUGGAGGGUGACGUGAGCCUGCUGGACGACCUAACAACUUCAUGUGCGCCAUCUCCUCUAGACAUUACGGUCAGCCAUGCCACUGCAGGCCUUCUCCUUCCCUUUCCCUGAAACAAGAUGCUUCAGAGCCGGUAGUUUAACCUACAAGUGCAAGAUCAGAGCAGGCAGCAGCUUCAGUGGAGAGGAGGUUCUGGGAGGAAACUGCUUCGAUCGGGAACUGGAGGAAAUUAUCAGAACUGUUCUUGGCAACCUGGACAGUCUCCAACCCUUCUCUAGUGCCCAUUUCAACGUCUUCCCUUAUAAGAAGCGGUGGGAGGGAGCGUCCAAGGCGAUGUGCAAACUUGGUGAGAGGAAGCUGAGAGCCUACCCGUUUAGUCUUAUCCUCUACCUGGAGAAAAACACGCAGAACGAGGAAGCGAAGGAAGCAGCGGAGAAGUUGAGCCCAGAGAAAAACGUCGCACAGCCAUUCUCCUCUGUUUCUCAGCCCCAGUUAAAGCGCCGUAGAACAGACUCACCACUAGAGGAGGCCAUAAUAAAGGACUUACUCAAGGACAUGGAGGCUGAAGGCGAGGAUUCUGUGGUUCGCAGGCCCUCUCUGCAUUGUCCACAUGCAGAUAGAGAGAUCAAAGAAGAUCCAUGGCGUGUUGACAAGAAAGCUUUCAGGGGGUUUGAGGAACCCCAACAGAAAUACGGUGUCAACACGGUUGGAGGAAGUGGGACUCCAGGUGAAGUGCAUCCUGGGACAACACAGCACAUGGGAGAGGAAGAGGAGGAGGAGGAGGGUGAAAAUGCAGACUCUGUCCCAGGGACACCUGUGCGGCCGGGGAUUUUGACUCGACUGGCUAGCUAUAUCUUCCCCUUCUUGUUCUUCAGAGACUCCUGAGGGACAGGAGAUGUUACUGGUUCCAGUAGUGGAAACUCACUUGGGUUUGUUUGGUUAAAGUUCUGCAGUGUGAACAAACAAGUUUUCUGGAAUCGUAUUUCGUAGUUUUCAUCCUCCAUUGAUCAUCUUUUAUAUUAGCGUCAUUAUUAUUAUUUUUUUCCCAUUUUGCUGAGAUUUCUCCUGUUGUUCACUUAUUGGAGGGUCUAUUUUGUAUCAGCUUUUUGUUGUCUCUCUUUAUUGAUAACAUAAGCAAAUAAAUAUUGUGUUUGUUUCCA